AUGGAGGCUGUUAGGGAUACGUACAAGCCUGAAGGAGGCGGUGUUUCGGUAGAAAUAGGUGAUCCCUCUUUUGAUUCUAUCGCUGAUACGAAAACUCCCCCACAAAAUGUAUUCACUGCUACCGGCUCUGACAACGAGUACAGAAUAGAACCAUUCAUGUCUCCAAUGACGCCCACAUAUACUCCAUCUCGACUAGCCACGGAAAUUGGCGAUACUGAGACAUCUUUGAGCAGUUCUGGACGUAACGUUCUUGAGAGAAAGAGAAGGCGGUUAGAUUCAGAGCCUUCUGAGGGAGAAAGUAUGUCAUCACCAGAGAUCUUUACAAAAAAUAGGGAGAGGAUAUUUUCCAGUGAAGAUGAAGGGGAAGAGAACGAAAAGAGUGAAGCAGAUGAGAUUGGGAAAGAGGACAAGCCCGAUGCCGAUUUUGAAGGUUUUGAUGGAGAUGAGGAAGGGGCAAAGGGCAUGAUUGCAGACAUCUUUGGCGAGAGCGAUGCUGAGGAAGAAGGUGAUUUUGAGGGCUUUGCGGAAAAUGAGGUUGAGAAAGAGGUCGAUGUUUCACCAACAGCUGGCGUAGCCGACGCCGUCACUAAAAAGGAUGAGGUUCAUCAUCAGCCCCGGGACCAGAUAACAAGCGACAAUGAUGAAGAUGAGGGAGAAGAGUUCGUUUCCGACUUUGAUCGAUUUAUGAGUCGCCGACGUGAAGAAACGCGUCGACGAAGGCGCCUAGGUAGGGAUGAAGAAUUCCUCAACGACAGUGAUGAAAUCAUUCGCGAAACUAUUAGUAGAAUGAGAAGUGCUGCAGAUGAGGAUCGCCGUCUACUGUCAAAAAAUAGACCUGCUACCAAGAAACUGAGCAUGCUCAGUACAGUUACCAGCUUGCUUAUAAGAGCUGGUAUGAAGCCUGCUCUGAUCGACAAUGGCAUUCUGAGUGCCAUCACUGAGUGGCUGUCUCCCGUUUCCGGCCUUACGUUACCCAGCGUUACAAUCAGAGAAACUCUUUUGCGACACCUUGGCGAAUUUCAUAUCCAGGAUCCGGAUCUUUUGCGCGAUUCUGGCAUUGGCAAAGCUGUUAUGUAUCUAUACAAACAUCCGAGGGAGACAAGGGCUAAUAAGAUGCUCGCGGGCCAUUUGAUCAAUGAAUGGUCAAGGCCAAUCUUUAACCUAACCAGUGAUUAUGGAUCUCUUACAAGAGAGGAACGGAAGCAGCUAGAUCUUGAACACCUUCCCAAGCGCCGCAAUGCUGGUAAAGGAGCAGAGAGCAAUGACGCGAACCAGAAGUCCUCCGAUAACCCAAUCCCCCUGCGACCAGGCGACCCGGGUUGGGUGAACCGGGCUCGUGUCCCACAACCCUCGAACAAAGACUACGUGAUACGCCCCAAGUGGAAUGUACCUCCUGACUCCUCUGCAUUUGAAGAGGGAGACGCCGGUGAAUCUUAUGAUAACGACGAAGGCAGGGAGAGAGAUGGGUCCCAUUCUGUACGAAGACGACGGAUCCAACAAGUUCAAGCUCCAGGAGGCGCCUCUAAUCGCAUAGAGCGACAUAUCCGUGCAUUGGCCAAGAACGCAGCCAUGCGAAGGAAAACCCGCUUCGUUCGUGCAGUCCCUAUGUCCGUUGAAGGCAGAAAUAUGUCCCUCUGA